UGAACGGGAUGGGGAGCCGCGGCGUGGAUUUUCCAGUGACGGGGAGGGGAGUGAUUGACUAUAGUUAUCUGUAAAUUGACGGAGGUGUGGGGUUUGUCAGGCUCGGAUCCACUUGCUCCCGAGGCAGGAACAAAGGGGGAAAAAAAACAGAAAGGCCGAGUGUGGGAGUAGGAGAAGCCUGUGGCCUGGUCGGUUGCUAGGGGCAACGCGCAGCCUGGGGCUAGCAGUGAGGAGCCCGGGCCCGAGCUAUGAGCUCCCGGGUGCGGCCUCAGCCACCACCACCAGCGGGGGGAGGCCGGUUCACACCGGCCGCCGGGCCCCGCGCCCAGGAAACCGAUCAGCUGGAGAUGCGGAGGAUCCGUGCACCGGCCUCGGCCUCGUCGGCGGCCUCACGCCAGGCUUGGAGCCGGGAGAACCCGGGGUACGAGCCCGGCGACGAGGAGCUGGACUGGGCCGGCAUCAGCCCCGGCCGCCAGUCGGUGUCCAGCGGCGGGGCGGGAGGCUCCGAGCCCAGGGGAGAAGCCAGCCCAAGCCCCGUCCCCGAGGACCAGCCGCAGCGACAGGUCCGGGCAGCCCUUCCCUGCAGUCUCCUGCAGAAAGCCCGAGCUUUAUGGGGGACACGACUGACUGUGGAUCAUGCUGUGAGCAGAGAAAGGUACCUGAAGAGCAUGCUGCGGGAGAUGGUGACAUACAGCAUUUUCCUUGUGAUUCUCUGUGUCUUGACCUAUGGAAUGGUCAGCUCCAAUAUGUACUACUACACCAAAGUCAUGGCUAGUCUCUUCCUAGACAAACCCUUUUCCAAAAACGAGAACACCAACUUCAAAAGUGUGUCUGACAUGGAUGAUUUCUGGAAGUUUGCAGAAGGCCCUUUGUUAGAUGGGCUUUAUUGGGAUAUGUGGUAUAAUAAUGAAACACUGGCUGAGAAUAGAAGCUUCAUUUACUAUGAAAAUCUGCUUUUGGGAGUGCCUCGUAUCAGGCAGCUGAAAGUGAAGAAUGAAUCUUGUAAAAUACAUGAAGAUCUAAAAGAUGAAAUCAAAGAAUGCUAUGAUGUCUACUCAGUUGCAAAUGAAGAUACGUCAUCAUUUGGCCUUAUGGAUAAAACGGCCUGGGUUUAUACAAGUGAGGAAGACUUGAAAGAGACCAGUUACUGGGGGUUAAUCGCUACCUACAGUGGAGCUGGAUAUUACCUGGACCUGGCAAGGAAUAGAGAAGAGACAGCAACAAAGUUAAAAGUGCUGAAAGAGAACCUCUGGCUUGAUCGAGGCACCAGGGUUGUGUUUAUUACUUUCUCCGUCUACAAUGCUAACAUUAACUUGUUUUGUGUGAUCAGGUUGGUGGUGGAAUUCCCCGCAACAGGCGGUGCUCUUUCAUCUUGGCAGUUUCAGACAGUGAAACUUAUUCGUUAUGUAUCCUCAUUUGACUAUUUCCUGGCAGCCUGUGAACUUGCCUUCUGUAUUUUCAUAUUUUACUACAUAAUUGAGGAGAUUCUGGAGAUCUAUAUUCACAAGCUGCAUUACUUCAAGAGUGUUUGGAACUGUUUGGAUGUUGCAAUUAUUGUGCUGUCCUUGAUAGCAAUUUGCAUCAAUAUCUAUCGCACAUCAAUAGUUAAUGAACUCAUGAGAGAAUCGCUUGAGAGCCAGAAUUCAUACCCCAAUCUUGAGCCUCUAGCUUAUUGGCAGAUUCAGUUUAACAACAUGGUUGCAGUGGUUGUAUUUUUUGUAUGGAUUAAGAUCUUCAAAUUUAUUAGUAUCAAUAAGACCAUGACGCAGUUGUCUUCUACCAUGUCUCGCUGUGCCAAAGACAUUAUAGGGUUUGCCAUUAUGUUUUUUAUUGUUUUCUUGGCUUAUGCUCAGUUGGCAUACCUUGUCUUUGGCACUCAGGUCGAUGACUUCAAUACUUUCCACACUUGCAUUUUUACUCAAUUUAGAAUUAUCUUGGGCGAUUUUGAUUUUGCCAAAAUUGAAGAAGCUGACCGGAUUCUGGGACCAGUCUAUUUUGUCACUUUUGUGUUCUUCGUUUUCUUUAUUCUCUUGAACAUGUUUUUGGCCAUUAUUAACGACACCUACUCUGAAGUGAAAUCCGAUAUGGCCCAGCAGAAAAAUGAGAUGGAACUCACUGACCUUAUCAAGAAGGGAUGUAGCAAGGCCAUGGUGAAACUGCGGCUGAGGAAGACCACAGUAGAUGACAUUACCGAAAGUCUGCGCCAAGCUGGAGGAAAACUAAACUUUGAUGAGUUACGUCAGGAUCUGAAGGGGAAGGGUCAUUCUGAUGCAGAGAUAGAAGCAAUCUUUGCCAAGUAUGAUCAGGAUGGUGAUCAGGAGCUGAUGGAACAUGAACGGCAGCAGAUGAGGGAUGACUUGGAGAGGGAGAGGGAUGAUUUGGACUUGGAUAGGAGCUCGCUGCCUCGAUCAGCCAGUGGCCGGAGCUUCCCACGGAGCAUGGAUGACUCUGAGGAAGAAGAUGAAGAAGACAGUGGCCAUAGUUCAAGGAGGAGAGGCAGCAGCUCCAGUGGGGUAUCGUAUGAAGAGUUUCAAGUGCUGGUGAGGCGUGUGGAUCGGAUGGAACAUUCUAUUGGAAGCAUAGUGUCAAAGAUCGAUGCAGUGAUUGUGAAGCUGGAGGCCAUGGAGAGAGCCAAACUGAAAAGGAGAGAUGUGCUGGGCAGAUUGCUUGAUGGUGUUACAGAGGAUGAGCGGCUGGGUCGUGACAAUGACAUUCAUCGAGAGCAGAUGGAGCGUCUGGUCCGGGAGGAGUUGGAACGCUGGGAGUCCGAUGAAACGGUGUCACAGCUAAGUCAACACCUCGGGACGCCUCUGGGAAUAAAUGGGAGAUCCCGCAGUUCUCGUCCAUCCUCGUCUCAGUCUACUGAUGGCAUGGAAGUUGGGGGGCUAGGGGGCAGCCACGUUUAGUCUGUUAAUGCCAUGGUCAGAUUAUCCCCAAACCUGCAUUGUCAUGGCAGUUUGGCAGCAUAUCGGUAUUUUUACAUUUUAAUUUCAAAUCACUGUUUUUUACCCCAUCGUGCCUUGAUAAGCUGAGCUUGAAUAAUGUAUGCAACACUCUUUGGGAUGAAUCACAAAAUGUGUAAUCAUGUAUUUUUGCACACUCCUCAUUCAGACUAAAGGAAUUGAAUGUUCAUUUUGUCCUGGAAUUCAAAGAGAGAUUCACAGUUGAAAGCUGUUAACAAGGCUUCUGUUAACACAACUUUUUCAGUUUGGCAAGACAUAAAUGAAUGUAAUAAGAAUUUUCAAAACACAACAAAAAUUAAUUGGCCGAAUCCAUUUCAGACAAAUGUGUGAACUAGAUGCUUUCUUACAAGUUGAUUAUAAGAACUUUUAAAAAUCCCUCAUUACUGAUCCAACAUUACAAACAAUUACAGUCUAAGGGUCUUGAAGGGACUUGCCUUUAGUACUACUUUUCUUAUGUCAGAUGUAUAAUGUGUUUCUUCAUUGCUGAGCCUCUGAGUGGGGACUGGAAUUGCAUGUAAACAGUCAAAGUAAACAUAUCGUAUGUGUGAAUAUUUUAUAAAAUUAUUUGGAAACUUGUUUUGUUUAUGGGUCCAAUGCAAAUAUUUGUUGUAUUAGAUUAAAAGCAAUUCAAUUUCCAAAUGAGAGACCAGAGCAAAUCUAAAUCUUUUUCAAGGUAUAUUUCUAUUUAAGCAAUUACGUUUGCGAAUGGAGAAGGAAAGUGCCUAUGUCAAAUGGGGGAGGGGGGGGAGAAAACUUGUAAGAAUGUCAUCUUACCUAUUUUAUACUUUUUCCUAAAUAGCCUAGAUGUAACAUUAUGCAAGUGAUGUUGAAUAAGAAUUUUGUACCUAUUAAUGCAUCACACAACUUUUAUGAGCCAAAUAAAGCCUAUUAAUAUGUGAUGUGUAGGAACUUUUAACAAACUUCAUUUUGGAGUGCAUAAUUUCAUGGGGUAUCCAUGUUAUGUCUUGACGCUGUGCGUACCAAUGCAUAAAGUGCGUAGUUUUGUAGAAUUUGGGUUUUAUAUUCCCUGCAAUUUAUAAUUUCACAUAUCAGCUUCAAUUUAAUUGUCUAUUCAUGUAUCAUGUAACAGUUGUUUUUAGGUUUAUUGGAACUGCAUGAUAGAGGUACAACUUAAUUUUAGAUCACAAGUCUUCCAUUUUAAUUGUGGAUUGUAUAGGUCAGAGUCUGUUUUAUUCAAGCACUUUACUUAAUAAAGAAAA